UUGGCCGUGUCCGCUCCCCUUUCUCUCGGCGGUGGGUCGGAGCCGCUGUCCCUGGCCUCGCAUGGUCCCCCUUUACAUUUUUGUUUAUAAUUUGAUGCCCCUCGUAGAUCUCCUCCGUUAGCUCACCUCCGAACGGCCACACGCACCGGUGCCUCCCCCCCAUCCCUCCUGCGUUCCCCGUCUGGACUGUGCUACCCCCCCAGCAGCAUGGCCGUGGUGAGCGGAUCGUCUGGGCCGGUUGCCCGGCUCGAGGGCCGUGAAUUCGAAUACAUGAUGAAAAAGCGCUCGGUGACCAUCGGCCGGAACUCGUCUCAGGGCUCGGUGGACGUUAGCAUGGGCCACUCCAGCUUCAUCUCCCGGAGGCACCUGGAGAUAUUCACCGCCAGCGACGACGGCACCGGCAGCGGGGAUUUUUACCUGCGGUGUCUGGGUAAAAACGGGGUGUUUGUAGACGGAGUGUUCCUCCGCCGGGGCGCCCCUCCUCUGCAGCUACCGCGAAUGUGCACUUUCAGGUUCCCCAGCACUAACAUCAAGAUCACGUUCACAGCUUUGUCCAGUGGGAAGAAGGUGAAGCGCGAAGCCCCCGAGUCCCCGGUCAAACCAGUCCAGCCUCAGAUCUCCCCCCUCACCAUCAACAUUCCAGACAACAUCGCCCACCUAAUGAGCCCCCUGCCGUCGCCCACCGGCACCAUCAGCGCUGCUAACUCGUGCCCCUCCAGUCCUCGGGGGGCCGGCUCUUCAGGAUACAGGAUGGGGGGUCGUAUGGUCAGCUCUGCCGAACUGCAGCUCAUCAACGAUAACUCCCAACCUGACAACGACAAAGAGGCCUCUGGAGGGGACAGUCCAAAGGACGACUCCAAACCUCCGUACUCCUAUGCACAGCUGAUCGUCCAGGCCAUAACGCUGGCGCCGGACAAACAGCUCACACUAAACGGCAUCUACAAUCACAUCACCAAGAACUACCCCUACUACAGGACGGCCGACAAGGGCUGGCAGAACUCCAUCCGUCAUAACCUGUCUCUGAACCGGUACUUCAUCAAAGUGGCCCGGUCGCAGGAGGAACCGGGGAAGGGCUCCUUCUGGAGGAUAGACCCGUCCUCCGAGGGGAAGCUCAUCGAACAGGCCUUCAGGAAACGAAGGCCCCGGGGCGUCCCCUGCUUCAGGACCCCCCACGGACCCCUGUCCUCCAGGAGUGCCCCAGCGUCUCCCAACCACUCGGGGGUGCUGUCCGCCCACUCCAGCGGUGUCCAGACCCCAGACAGUUUAUCGCGGGAAGGGUCCCCCGUCCCCCUGGAGCUGGAGACGUCCUCAGCCCCACCCCCAGCCUCCGCUGCCGCUGUCCAGCCUAAACUAGCUGUCAUCCAGGAAGCACGCUUUGCACAAAACACACCAGGCUCGCCUGUCAACAACCAGCCGGUCCUCAUAGCGGUCCAGCGUCCGUUACCUCAGACCAUCAAACCCGUGACCUACACCAUGGCGUCGCCCGUCAGUGCCAGCGCCUCGCAGCCCGCCGUGCAGACGGUCCACGUCCUGCAGCAGAUCCCCGCCGGGUCCACGGUCCUCGCCCAGCCCACUGCUAUCAUCAAGAACGAGGCGCAGGAGAACGGAGAGCACGCCGAGGUCAAAGUCAAAGUGGAGGCGGUUCCUACCAUCACCUCGAUAGGCGGCUCCAGUCGCAUCAUCCAGACCUCCCAGUCGGCCACACCCCUUCAGACCGUUACCAUAGUGCAGUCGGCGCCGGUGGGCCAACACCAGCUGCCCAUCAAGGCCAUCACACAGAACGGAACCCACAGCAUCACCACUGCCAUCCAGGGCCCCACCAGCGCCGCUGUGGCGAGCCCCCUCCACCUGCUGGCGGCCCACGCCUCGGCCUCCGCCUCCCUCCCCACCAAACGUCACAACGGCGACCAGCUGGGCGGCGACCAGCCCGACGCCAAACGCAUCAAAGCGGAGGAGGAGGCCCCUCCCCCGGCGGCGGCGCCUUCGGACUCGAUGGCAGCUAACGACCAAGGCAGCAAGGUCAACUAGUCUGUACGCCCACACACCACAGCCCCACCCACCACCGCCGCCUCCUCCUCCUCCUCCUCCCUUCGCUCCUGUUGUUUCUCUUUUCUUUUCCUUUUUUGUUUUUUGUUUUGUUUUUUUUUGUCCUCCUUCUACCACUGACUCCCGAGGUGCCAAACGGAGAGGAUCGUUUUCAUUUUCACUUCUGUUCUCGAACCAAAUUAAAAAAAACAAAAUAAAACGCACACGAAAAAAAAAAAAAAGAAGUCACGUCCGCCCCUUUAAGAACAACCGGGACACGUCUGAGCGAGCCGCCGCCGAAAAACAGGAAGAGGGACUGAAACUCAAACCACGACCACAGGAAGCCUUAACCACACCCCCCUUAAGAGCUGACCUUUGACCUCACGUGGUCCGACGAGAUGCAGAGGCCCCGCCCACCUCGGGCAGGACCCGGACGCCACCUUUCUGUCGCAUCUACCUCAGAGCAGAUCAGAGCCUCCAGACCACACCCCCUUAACCCCGCCCCCUUUCCUCGACGACGGCUCUGGGACGGGACGACGAGAAUCUGAUGGUUCAAAACAA